CAGUCGGCCGCCAGGUGGCGCCACGAACCCCGGGGACCCUCUCCGGGAGACGGAUGUAGAAAAGCAGGAGAAGCGGAGGAGGAGUCGUCGCAGCCCGGUGCUGGCGGCGGCCGGUCUGAGGUCUGAGGUCCGAGGUCCGAGAUCCGGGGGUCGCAGAGCUGUGGACGGAGCUGGAGGGCAGCGUGGAGAGGCAGGAGCGAUACUCCCCAUGAAGGUACAUCGCAGUGUGAGAAUGGAGCCACGGGUUUGGCGAGUGCUGCUGUUGAGCUGCCUGCUCUGCGCAUCCUCUGCACAUGACUUCUUCACCUCCAUCGGUCAGAUGACAGACCUGCUGUACACAGAGAGGGACCUGGUCGCCUCUCUGAAGGAUUACAUUCGGGCCGAGGAGAACAAACUAGAGCAGGUGAAACGGUGGGCGGAAAAACUGGACGUGCUGACAAACACCGCCGUGCAGGACCCUGAGGGUUUCCUGGGCCACCCUGUCAAUGCCUUCAAGUUGAUGAAGAGGCUCAACACGGAGUGGGGCGAGCUGGAGAGCCUGGUGCUCAAGGACAUGUCGGACGGGUUCAUCUCCAACCUGACCAUACAGAGGCAGUACUUCCCCGAUGAUGAUGACCAGGUCGGAGCGGCCAAGGCCCUGCUGAGGCUGCAGGACACCUACCAGCUGGACACAGAGACCAUCUCCUCUGGAGACCUGCCAGGUGUAACGCAUAAGAGCACGUUGUCCGUGGAAGACUGCUUCGAGCUGGGAAAGAUCGCCUACUCGGAAGCGGACUACUACCACACGGAGCUGUGGAUGGCCCAGGCGCUGAAGCAGCUGGAUGACGAUGAGGAGUCCGCCGUGGACAAGGUCACUGUGCUGGACUACCUGAGCUAUUCCAUCUACCAGCAGGGGGAACUAGAGAAGGCCUUGGAGCUCACCAAGAAGCUGCUGAUGUUGGACCAUGAGCAUCAGCGUGCCAUCGGCAACCUCAAGUACUUUGAGUACCAGCUGGCGAAGCAGCGGAAGGCCACAGAGGAACUGGGCGUCCAGCAAAACGCCAGCAAGCGGGAUAAGAGGGAAGCCAGGAAGGGGCCGCCUGCAGACCACCUUCCAGAACGGCAGAAAUACGAGCAGCUGUGUCGCGGAGAAGGAGUCAGGCUGACCCCCCGCAGGCAGAGCCGCCUCUUUUGCCGCUAUUUUGACGGUGGCCAUCCGCGCUACCGUCUGGGCCCCGUGAAGCAGGAGGACGAGUGGGACCGCCCUCGCAUCGUCCGCUACCACGACAUCAUCUCCACCAGUGAGAUCGAGAAGGUCAAGGAGCUGGCCAAGCCCAGGCUGCUCAGGGCCACCAUCUCGAACCCCAUCACUGGUGUGCUGGAGACCGCCUCCUACAGGAUCAGCAAAAGGCGGGCCACUGUGCAUGACCCCCAAACUGGGAAACUCACCACCGCCCAGUACAGAGUCUCCAAGAGUGCCUGGCUCACCGCCUACGAGCAUCCUGUGGUGGACAGGCUGAACCAGCGCAUCGAGGACCUCACCGGGCUGGAUGUGAAGACUGCCGAGGAACUGCAGGUAGCAAACUACGGAGUGGGUGGACAGUAUGAGCCACACUUUGACUUUGGACGGAAAGAUGAGCCGGACGCGUUCAAAGAGCUGGGCACCGGGAACCGGAUUGCCACCUGGCUGUUCUAUAUGAGCGAUGUCGCAGCAGGGGGCGCAACAGUGUUUCCUGAAGUGGGUGCUGCAGUUUGGCCCAAGAAGGGCACCGCCGUGUUCUGGUACAACCUGUUUGCCAGCGGAGAAGGCGAUUACAGCACUCGGCACGCCGCUUGCCCCGUCCUGGUGGGCAACAAGUGGGUGUCUAACAAAUGGAUCCAUGAACGGGGGCAGGAGUUCAGGCGACCAUGUGGCCUUGACGAGGCUGACUGACAUGGGCAGUGUGCCUCAGCCCCGAAGCCCCCGCCAGCCCCUGUCCUCAGCCGCGCACAUAUUUGGCUGUGAAACAACGAUCAAUUGCCAGCACCCUCAACGCUCCCCUGCCUGCACCCACCUCACAGGCUUGGGAAAUCUGCCUUUAUCAUUAGCCUCCUUCACCGGGCGCUGCGAGCGUCCAGCUGCUGUCCGUUUGCCGUCACACCUUUAUGCGCUCCGUGGCCGUCGUCUGCCUCGUCGUGGACGUGCCGUAUCAUCAUACCCUGCACUGUCCUGUGGGUCACCAAACACCUCUACACUCCUCUACAAGGUUCAUGCCUUCGCAGAAUUCUUUUUUCCACGUCUAUGCUCCAACACAUACUCCACGGACGGUUCGAGUUCAUGCUCCUCCCUAUUUUGAAGCCUUGUCGCGCUACGGUUCCCAUGUGCUCUGUGGCCAUGCCUUACUUUCUUAGAACAUUAUGCUUUGAUGCACUGUAGAAACAGAGCCCGGGGGGGUUCACCUUGCAGGUGCUCUUCACUCUGGGACACACCAGUGCACCAACAGCUUGCCAUAUCCCAGCCUGUGCGCAGCACAUGUUUUGUCUUAAGUUCUAAGCGGAAUCCCUUCUGGAUCGCAGCCGUGAUGCUGCUGGGGGCCAGAUUAGCAAUGGUGACAUGGUUACAGUCAAGCACUCCAUCUCUCCCCUCCCUUAACUGCUGUGUGUGUGUGUCUCAGUCUCGCCAGCCAGCACUUCAUCACUGUGGUCACUUGCUCUGAGACAAACAUGCCUCCCACAUGGGCAAACAGUGAUGCAACACUGACAUUUAAAAGCCAAAGUAUGCUGUGUCUCUGAGGGCCUGCCCAAGAGCUGUCGGACAGGAGCUCCUCGGCAGGUGUUGGCUCUGAAGGACCUCCCAGGGCCCACCGCUCAUCAAUAAGUUUUGAUCGAGGCUCACGGUGGAGUAGCGGCAGGGGUGUAUAUGUGUGAGUGCUGUGUUGGGCAUAUGUGGUAGUGGAGCAGCCUCCUCCUGCCAUCACACCCACCCUGUGACAACCUGUCCUGGGAUUUCUGUGGGGACAAACCACCACCAUUUACACCCCUGGAGACACAGUUGUUGUUUAAUAUGUCCUGUGGCGAUUAUUUUCUAUGUGUGAAAUGAAUGUUUUCUACCAAUAAAUUCUUUUAUUCGUA